ACAUCACUCACUCUUUUGCCAUGGGGAAAAUUUCACUUGCUGCUCUUCUUUUGUUCUUCUGGUUGGCAGUUACAACUGCCAACAUGUUCACCGUCACGGACUCCGUGACGGAGGACGAUAUCGAAAACCAAGGAUCACGGAGCUGCCAAGAGCAGAUCCACACGCAUAGGCUCAACCACUGCAGGAUGCUCCUUUCAAGAAACGAGCUAAGCAUGGUGACGGAAGACGACGAUGAGAUACGCAAUCAACAGGAACAUCUCCAACAAUGCUGCCAAGAAUUGAGGAACAUUGACACUCACUGCCGCUGCUUGGCACUUAAAACGAUGGUGACGCGGGAGCCCGAGCUCAUGUCACAGAGAGCUCGGUCCCUCCCCCGCGCCUGCAACAUCGAGCCCACUGAAUGCUACUUCUAAUCAGUACGUAUGUAAGUAAACACACCAUCGCGUGUAAAACUUGUUUACCAUCUGAGUAACUCCUCUUAUUGCGUAUAUGUUUGAAUAAAUGGUCGUUCUUAAA